AUGAUGGCAAAAUAUUUCCCACAUGCUUUGAGGGACUUCAAAGAAUCAGAAUUUCUGCAGCUCAGACAGGGGAAAAUUAUGCCCAGCAGAGCAAAGAGUCGUUUGGAAAAAGAAAGUGAAGUGAUCAAAGCAAAAAUAGACGCAACUGGCAGAAUAAAAGGCCAAGCACAGGAAUUCGCAUUAGUGGGACGAGUGGAAGUAUUACACCCUAUUCUAAGUGUAAUAAACUCCACAAAGGUGAAUUCUUGCUCGGGAAGAACGUGUGCUUUAGGUGUGGUAAGCCCGGACACAUCAUUCUCAACUGUCCAGAGCCUCCAAAGAAGAAGGAUGAUGAUCAAGACCAAAACAAGAAAGGAAAGGCCUGCGAAAACUCAGCAUGAGGCGGAGCAAGAUCCGAAUUCUAAUACUGUGAUUACAAAAACAAGUAUUCUGUUAUUAUCCAAUGUGUCCGCUUACGUACUUUUUGAUUCUAGGGCUACCAAUUCUUUUAUAUCUGCAUCCUUCAUCGCUAGGCCCAACUUUGCAUGUGUUAGAACGGAUAAUGAAUUAGAGGUUAGCAUCCCGUCAGGAAAAACUCUUUGCACAAACCAGAUGACUAAAUCUAUGAAGUUAGAGAUUGAUGGAAAAAUAUUGGAAGCAAACUUAUACCUCUUGGAAAUGAAAGAUUUCGAUGUUAUUUUAGGUAUGGAUUGGUUAGGACUUAAUCAUGAAACCAUUCGAUGUCACGAAAAAGAAGUGCAAUUUCAUAGACCAGGAGAGGAAGAGUUCCGUUUCGUUGGAGCAAAGUUCAAAUCCCUACCUCGUCUUAUAUCAGCUCUACAAGUGAAGAAGAUGUUGAGGAAAAAGUCAUGCCAGGGAUUCUUGGUUAACAUUAUCGGUUCUCAACAUACAGAGACGAUUAUUAACGAUAUCAAUAUCGUGCGAGACUUUGCAGAUGUGUUCCCAGAAGAUUUACCAGGCAUUCCACCAGGUAGGCAAGUGGAAUUUACAAUUGAUUUGAUUCCUGGAGCAGCACCAGUAUCCAACGCCCUGUACAGAAUGGCACCGAAAGAACUUCAAGAAUUGAAAUUGCAAUUGGAAGAAUUGCUAGAGAAAGGUUUCAUUCGACCGAGUGUAUCUCCUUGGGGAGCUCCUGUACUUUUUGUCAAGAAGAAGGAUGGGAUUAAGGGGUGCUUUAGUGUUUUCAAAGAUCGACUUGAGGUCAGGAUAUCAUCAAUCAGGGCAAGCGAUAUACCGAAAACUGCUUUCAAGACUCGGUAUGGGCAUUAUGAAUUCACUAUCAUGCCUUUUGGUUUGACCAAUGCUCCAGCUGUAUUUAUGGAGCUCAUGAACAGAGUGUUCCAUCAGUACUUAGAUCAGUUUGUCAUAGUAUUUAUUGAUGACAUACUCGUAUACUCCAAAGAUAGGAAGCAGCAUGAGGAACAACUCCGAGUAGUGUUUCCUUGGUCACGUGGUUACCGUCCAAAAGGAAUCGAUGUAGAUCCUGCUAAAGUGGAAGCAAUACCAAAUUGGCCAAGUUCGACCAGUGUGGGUGAAGUCCGCAGUUUCUUAGGAUUCGCUGGCUAUUACAGAAGAUUCAUUGAAGGCUUUUCAACAAUAGCAGGGCCGAUGACUCAGUUAACAAGAAAGGGUGUGAAGUUUCAGUGGACGGAAAAAUAUGAAAAAUGUUUUCAAGAACUUAAGCAGAGGCUAGUCUCAGCUCUUGUAUUAACGAUACCUGAAGGUUCAGAGGGAUUUGUGAUCUAUAGCGAUGCCUCCAAGCAGGGUUUGGGUUGUAUACUGAUGCAGUAUGGAAAAGUGGUUGCUUAUGCCUCGAGACAGUUGAAGCAAUAUGAACUAAACUAUCCAACGCAUGACUUGGAGCUUGCAGCGAAGGAACUAAAUAUGAGACACAGAAGAUGGCUGGAACUAGUGAAAGAUUACGACUGCACGAUUCAUUACCAUCCGGUUCUACCCACAGUGCAGAAACACUUGAUAAGGGACUUUGAGAAAUUGAGAUUGAAAGUUAUCACACCACCGACUCAGACUACAGCAAGAAUAAGAGCGUUUAUGAUUCGGCCUACUCUUCGGGAUCGAAUCAAGGAGGCACAGAAUAAGGAUCCAUUUCUAAAGAAGAUAAAGGCUGAGGUCGGCACAAACAAAUGUAUAGGAUUUGAAAUGUCUACAGAUAACGCGCUGAUUUUCAAAGGAAGGUUAUGUGUACCUAAAGAUGAAAGUAUAAGAAAUGAAAUACUGGAAGAGGCUCGUUCUACCCCGUAUUCAGCACAUCCAGGUCAAGGCAGAACACCAAAGACCAUCAGGACUACUGAAACCGUUGGACAUUCCAGAAUGGAAGUGGGAACACAUAACGAUGGACUUUGUGGUAGGCCUCCCAAGGACAACAAAAGGUCACAAUUCUAUCUGGGUAAUGGUUGA